AUGCUUGUCAUGUCAUCAAUGAUGCUCGAUAACCAACAACAGCAACAACAUCAUCACCAACAAUCGCAUUCGCGUGACCAACAUCCUCGUCGCAAUUCCUUUUCAUCGUUUGUUCGCACCUUGUUGCUGUUUGUGUCGCCAUCUGGCAACCAUGACGACGAGACAUCUUCUACAAGCAGUAUUCAACAAGACAUGCCUGACGAAUGUAAAAAGGAUUCAAAUCACAAUGACAGCCUUUUCAUGGAAAUGUAUGUUUCCUUCCCAGCUCUCGAAGAUCAAGAUGUCUCCGAAAACAACUCUUGUGCAGCAGAACAGCGAAAUGGGACUUCCUCUUUCAUUGUUGGCUCCAGUAAUCGCGUCCUAUGCUGA